AUGGCAUCCGUCGACCCAGCUUUCGCCGGCAUAGUUUGCGCUUCCAACUUUAAGUACAUCGACCUCAUUGAUCUGAUCGGCCCAUUGGCCCCCAUAUUGACGCAACGUGUUAUCAACAUUUAUGUUGUAUUCACUCAGUCCAGAGACAUUAAACCACAUGCCGAGUUAACACUAGAGAUAGAGAGCGCUGUGCCACUCGGGUGCCUUCCACCCGGAUGGCUUCCAAUCGAGACAAAAACAAUUGUUCUGGGAAUGAAUUCCCAUUUGCUAACUACCUACGACAACUUCGGAUCAUCAAUUACUCUCAGCACUCCAUAUUUGCAUGGCGCGCAUCUCUGCUCCCUUCGAUUCGAUGUAGCAAAAAAGAGUCGCAGCGUGAAAGAGUACCUGCAGAUUCUCAGACGGGAUCGUGGACAAGAUUUGGGCACGUUCGUGAAUGGCAGAAAUUACGAAAUUGGGUCCGGGGUGCGCGCUAAAACAAUGGGAUCUCGCGACUUUGUGACGCAAUGUAUGAUCAGGUGGGCACGAAACUCCAUGAUCAACUUGAAGAAGGUUGUGGAAUAUGAAGUAGCAGGUCAACUGAUGGCCCCCAAACCCCCCUUCCACUUCUUUGACUUAAUUACAAAGCCGCAUAGAAUCGAGGAUGGAAUUAUUCGCUGGGAUGGCCCCCAAAUCCCAAUGGAGAUGGGGAUUUACGAGGGCCGGGUGACAAAAGAUUUUGAGAAGUAUUAUGCGCCUACGAACACCUAUAUCCGCUGA